AUGUUUGUACCGGGCGAUUAUAGCGUUCCGCCGUUUCCUUCUCUCUAUACUCCCCUCGGCCCCUCCCGCGAUGAAGCCAAAUACCUGGUGUUUACUGGCGAUAUGUGGCGGUUUACGCUCUUCUGGACACUGAUACUCUACUCCGGUGUUCAUAUCGCCGCAGCCGCAUGUGUCGUGAUAACACAAUGGCAUAGUUGGAAGGUUAUAUGGGCAGUACCUGUCUUUUAUAUUCUGAUUGCUGGUCUGGAGGGUUUGUUAGCAGGGAGUGUUGUGGGGCUACUCAUCGGAGCCGUCUAUGAGGCUGGGAACCUCAAAAUGAUCACCUGGCUACCGUUCAUAUGGGGCUGCAUCAACACCUUAGUUCUAAUCUUAUCCGGUUUCUCCAUACAAGGUGGACUUUAG